GACUUAUUUGGGGUAAUUAAACAAGUUAAUAUUUGGGCAUUUAAUUCUCACGUACUUGUAGGCAGUUAAACAUGUUUUACUAUGGUUUUAAUUGUAUAGUUAUUUGCGCCUGUCUUACUUAAAGGCUAACUUUAACUUCAUUUAUUCCAUAGUGGAACGGUCAAACCUGCGAGUGGAAAGGACAAUUCAGUACACAUUUUCACUCGGACGUGUUCUUCUAUUUUAAAUUCAGGCUUAAAAAAUGACACGUUUCGAAGAUUUAAGUUUAUUAUUUUUACAUAAACUGUGGCUUUUGAGCAAUGAGCAAACACACUAGGAGAUAGUUUUGUUUGCUAUAUCUUAAUAUGUUUUUUUGAGGGAAUUAAAAGAUUAGUUGCAGUUUGUUAUAGCACACAAACCCUAGCGUAACUUUGAUUUAGCGAGCUCGGCAACAGAUUUUAAGGAUUUUCUUACAAAAAAAGGAUGAUCUUUCAGUUUCUCUUUUUUUUGGCAGUGUGUUAGGUACCAUACAUGAGAGCCAAAUAAGUCGAUAGCGAAAAGACAAUGAAAAAGAUUAUUCUUAUAAUAUUAUCAAUUAAUUUUAAUAAUUUUAAAUGGUGUUGGUUAGUGGUUGAGAAACUAAUCUAAUUAUUAAGCCUUUGCUUAGCAUCACCUGUUCAAAAACUAUUUUACUACGUUAUUCUUUAGUUAUAUUAGUAUUUAAAUAAACAAUAUCCUAUCAGCAUGGGUCGGAGUUGUGUUUUAGGAGAUAGCAACGAUGGUCUUCCACACCGGAACGGAACGGAAUCACCGAGUACUUGGUACAUGUAGGUAAUAAUAAAUAAUCAGUUAAAUAUCAUAAUCGGUAACCCACGACAUACCCGGGUUUUCUGGGUUCAGUUCUCGGCUCUACCAUGCCCUUAAUGCUGUGUAAUGGCUGUUUAGAAACGUGGAUAAUUGUUGCCACAGAUAACCAGCUAUUAAGCAAAGCAAUGCAAGGGAGCCACAAAGAUCGUGGUAAAGCGUGAUAAGAUAAAAAAUUACACACUGUGAACCAUCCCAAAAUUUCAAAUUAUUUCCUUUAACAUUGUUUCGUUUGGCGCAGUAAUGAGAGCACAUAUUUCAUGACUAUGUUCCGUCAUUAAUGCAGCGGGAACAUCAAUACAGGUGUAGACAUUAUUUCAUAACAUUUUUAUGAUCCAUUUAACAUAUAUUAGAUCGAAAUACUGUGCCUUUAAUGAAUUUAUCUUAAUUUUACGAUAGGUAUUCAAAAUGUUAGCAUCUUCUUACGAGAAGAAUAUAACCGUUGUAAAGAACUUUAUCGGUCUCACUAGUUUCAUGAGAUCUUCCUCUCAAUGCAGUAUAAGAUAAUAUAAGUGCUAUAUCAUUCUGCAAGCUUAGUUUACACCCAUGCUGUAGUUUUCAUCACUAGUUGCUGUUGUUCUACUAGGGUGUUGGGAAUACACAAGGAAAAUGGUUCACAUAAUCCACCGUUAAAACCGGAUAUAACUUCACUGUACCACCUUAAACUAGCACGGUUAUAACCAUCAACAGUGCUCUAGCACUUCAUUUUUCACUUUUUACACACGGUACCGCAUUUUUACACUAUUUUAACGAGCAAAUUUAGCAGCAAAAGUAUCGACUUUCACUUGCUCUGCUCUUUGUGAUGCCUGUGGUUAUAUUUGUAAAUAAACGCGUACCUUCCGCUGUGUACCUUGAAACGCUCGCUGUCAAACUGGUGACCAAGGUUGAUGGCACCCGAAAACGAAGGUGAGAGUUCGAUUUGUGUACAGUUCGUUCGAAUAUUUAAAAAAUAGAAUUUCGAAAACCGUUAUCAGUUUCAGGUAUUUGUUUCGAAAAUGCUAUAUAUCUUAUGUAGAAGUCAGUACAUUUUCUGUGUUUUUGGAUGGAAAUUUUUUGACAUCUGUUUCAUAUAAUUUAGCAAAGCAAACUGUUGCAAACGCAUUAAAACCUGCUUAAACAUGGGAACAAUCAACUUGAAGUCGAAGGAUGGUAAAACAAUAUCUGUAAACCGAAGUAUCCUGACCCGUUCCGCCGUUUUGCAAAGGAAGCUGGAAGAACUGAAUGCUGCUGAUGCAAACGGUGACACGCUGGAUGUUCCCGAAGCCGAUGGUGACUGUUUGCGCAAGAUAAUUAAGUGGAUGGAACGUCAAGAAGGAACAUACGAGGGGUCCGAAAUGGACAGUGGCGAGGUGAUGAUACCGAACAACCAGGAGCAAACUAUGGUACCGUUGUUCGCAGGCAGCAACGUGAUGGGAGGUGCCUUCGAAAAAGAAAUGUUCACGAGUUUUCCACAAAUUUGUGUGCUGGUGGCUGCAGCCAACCGACUGGGGGUGCAGGACAUCAUAGAUGCUGCUGUGCGCUUUGUCGUCGACUGGAAGCAGGGAAAAAACCUGGAAGACUUACGCGAGAUGAUGGAAAAUGGUACGACCCAAAUACGCGGAUCACAUCAAGCUGGUGACAGUAAUGGGAUGCAGCAUUGAAGAUUUCAUUGUAGUGCUACAAUAUUGAAUGUAAAUAUUGAACAAUCAUUAUUAUUGAACAUCUUUUCAAUCACUUAACCUAAAUUUUAGUUGGUUUUCUUCAAUCGAUCGAAUAUGUUAAUAGCAUACAUUUACAAAUCGCUUUGAAAGAUUCCACUUUCUUUCACUUUAAAAACACGCGGCGAGCAUUUCGGCUUUCUUUUGUUAAGAUAUAAACUAGCAUUAUGCAAUGGAUUUAAGCGACGCACGUUAUACACAUAAGUAGAACGUAUUUUAGCAACGGGUCAUAAAACGUAGGAUAAUCAUGCAAGCCGGAUCACGCACGCAAAACGAUGUGUGCCUGAGAUUGAUCUUGUUCCCUGAUUAACAUAUGACAUAUUUUUGGAGCUUUUCAAUGGAAGUACAAUAGCGGACCAGAUAUGAAACACAAAACAAAGUGAAACCGGCGCAAAAAUGUCUUCUUUUCUUACAAAUAAACCCGGUGACCCGGUUGUGUGGGUGAUGUGGACAAGUGGCUUUGAACAAAUUGAAUGCAAACAACAGAAGCGUGUUGCGUAAUGCUGACUCAUAAAAAAGAUCUUGAUUUGUCUAUACGUAUAAGCAUCUUAAUGUAGUUUGUUUUGAACAUU